CUUAUGUCACUGGCCGUGGCCAUGGUGCUGGUUUAUGUUGGCCCGAGGGCGACUGUAGUUGGCGUUGCUACUCCGUCAGAGCUUGAAAUAGCGCUGAUGCCUAAUGUGGUCAUGGCACCGUUGCCAGAAGGACCAGAAAUACUUAAUGAUUCCUCUUGUUGGGGACACGGCGAUGUACGUUACGACACUCUAGAUGGCAGACAGUUCAGAUAUCCUUCUCCAGUUGAAAAAUACGGCGUUAUGAUCCUUCCUUGGAUAGGAAAUCCGUGGUGGGUGAUAACUGAGCACGAGUUACAUGGUGGACCAAAUGCCACGCGCAUCAAAGAAGUAUACGUGAAGUGUCCAACUAACAUCUACUUCAGGGCUACAUUGGGGGGGCGUGUCAACUUAUAUUAUUGGGAUGGCGCUGCAUGGGUUCUCAUUGAUGCCGCAGGCCUACCAGCUAAUUUCCCCCCUCCAGAUGGGACCGCGUGGGUUUAUGCUUCAAUUCAAAAAUUCAAGAUAGAUUGCAAAAUGGACCCAUACAUGUUCGUCCUUGUCUAUCGGCACAGUGUUAAGAUAUACGCGAGCGGUCAGUGGGCCGCCGGUGGCCCUCAUGCAUUACGUGGUAUUUGCGCGGACUUCAAUGGCAACCCAGGCAACGACUGUGUUAAUUUGGGGGCACCUGAACCUUUCCAGGACUGGACACCUUUCUUAAUUCCUUAA